AUGAAUGAUUUGAAAUCAACAUCGAAGACAAGAGAAGUCGUUCCUUCCACAAUGGUCUGCACGAUGUUAUCUUCAACAAACUACACGGUAUGGGCGAUGAGAAUGAAGGUGUUAUUACGAGUUCAUAAGUUUUGGGAAUCAAUUGAACCAGAGACAGACGAUGAAGAGAAGAAGAAUAUCGAUACUGCUCUCAUGUUUCAAUGGAUUCCGGAAAACCAAAUAUUGCAAGUUGGUGAAGUCGACUCGCCUAAAAAAAUCUGGGAAGCCGUCAAAUCAAGAAACCUUGGUGUUGAAUGUGUGAAGGAAACGCGACUUCAAACCUUGAUGAACGCGUUUAAACGUCUCAGAAUGAAAGACACCGACUCAAUAGAUAUCUUUACGGGCAAGAUAUCAGAAUUGGCCUCAAAAUCCACAGCUUUAGGUCAAACGUUAAAAGAACCUAAGCUUGUAAAGAAGUUCCUGAACAACUUACCGCAAAGAAAGUAUAUUCAGAUCAUAGCUUCGCUUGAAAAAGUUCUCGAUCUGAAUAAAAAGAGCUUCGAAGAUAUUGUUGAGAGACUCAAGGCGUAUGAAGAACAGAUUCAGGGAGAAAAUAGACAAGAGCCACAAGGAAAUCUUCUGUACACCGACUCCAAUCAAUCAUACAACUCAAGAGGAAGAGGUAGAAGUUGGAAUCGUGGUCGAGGAAACAGAGGAAAAGGGCGUGGAAGAACCAACACACAAGCAAGAGGCAAAGGAAAGAAGAAUCAAGACGAUCACGAUCUAAACAAAGCAGAUAUAGAGGAAGCUGAUAUCGCUUUGUAUAUGCACGAGAUUGUAUUCCUUAAUGAAGAUAAGGUCAUACCGAAGACGCUAGAACAAAGCAAACGAGAAGAUGGAAUGUGGUACUUGGAUAACGGAGCAAGUAACCAUAUGACUGGUGAGAGAUCAUACUUCUCUGAACUUAACGAAAGCAUCAAAGGAAAGGUGAAGUUUGGUGAUGGUUCAUGUGUCGACAUCAAUGACAAAGGGUCGAUGCUGUUUGAAGCAAAAACAGGGGAACAUAGAUUCUUGACCGACAUAUACUACAUUCCAGACCUAAAGAGCAAUAUAUUGAGCUUAGUACAAGCUACUGAACAAGGGUGA